AUGUGGCAUACCCUCACUGUUGAGCAAGCGUACCUGGCUCCAGGCCUGGAGGAGCUCCUACAAGAUGCCCAGCCAGAGAUCUUGAAGCAUGUAACACAAGAGUGCCAGUACAGUUGGUGCUCAAGAAAGGCCUUGAAGAAUAGCUGUUUAGGAAACAGCGGGAGAGAGCAGCCUUUGAAAACAUGGAAGAACCCUACUCUUGAUGACUGCACCCUGCAAUUGUCUCACAACGGUACCUAUCUGGAUCUAGAAUCGACCCUAGCAGAACAAAGAGACGAAUUGGAAGGCUUCCAGGAGGAUGCUGGGAGGGGCAAGAAACACAGUAUAAUUCUGAGGACCCAGCUGUCAGUGAGAGUCCAUGCCUGCAUUGAAAAACUUUACAAUUCCAAUGGACGGGAGCUGAGACGGGCACUUUUCUCCUUGAAACAAAUAUUUCAGGAUGACAAGGACUUGGUUCAUGAGUUUGUUGUCGCUGAAGGUCUGACUUGCUUAAUCAAAGUGGGAGCAGAGGCCGACCAGAAUUAUCAGAACUACAUCCUGAGAGCUUUGGGCCAGAUUAUGCUCUAUGUUGAUGGCAUGAAUGGAGUAAUAAAUCAUAAUGAAACCAUCCAAUGGCUGUACACACUUAUUGGGUCAAAGUUCCGCCUGGUGGUAAAGACAGCGCUGAAGCUGCUGCUGGUGUUUGUGGAGUAUACCGAAUCCAAUGCACCGCUUUUAAUCCAGGCAGUAUCUACCGUUGAUGAAAAGAGAGGAGCCAAGCCGUGGUCCAACAUCAUGGAGAUCCUAGAGGAGAAGGAUGGGGUUGAUACCGAACUACUGGUUUACGCAAUGACCUUGGUUAACAAGACGCUGUCGGGGUUGCCAGAUCAAGACUCUUUCUACGACGUGGUGGACUGUCUGGAAGAGCUAGGCAUUGAAGCUAUUUCACAGAGACACUUGAACAAGAAAGGAACAGACUUGGACUUAGUUGAGCAAUUUAACAUUUAUGAGAUGACACUGAGACAUGAGGAUGGAGACGAGAGUGCUGACCCCCCUCCCAGUGGGCGCAAGGACCGGAGAAGGGCCAGUCUUGGUGCUAGUGAGCGGAGGGGGUUAGAGCGCCGACGGAGCCGCAGGCACUCGGUACAGAACGUCAAAAGCACUUUAUCAGCCCCUGCGAGUCCAUGCGGUCAGCCGAACCCUAGCUUCAUGCUAGGCCACGGACAGCACGUUGAAGAUCUCAGUGAGAGUGAGCUGGAGGCUGAGAGCCCUGUGGUCUUGCAGGCUGAGGACAAGGAUGGCAGUGCAUUUGAGGCUGAGUUUAAAGCGUCUUCAGUAGAAGAAGAAGAGGAGGAAGGGGAGAAAAAACACCAGCCAGUCACAGAGCCCAAUACUGAGGAUGAGGGGGAGGAAGAGGCCAGUAGGCAGGUCAAAGCCAGUGGGGUCCCAGCUGCACAGGAGGCUGUGAAUGAAAACCUUUCAUGGUGUUCUGAUUCUUCAGCCGUCUCCAGUGCCAUUUCUCCAGCUGAGAGGCCUCUCUCCUGCUCUAGAGCAAAGAGCUCUUCUAGCAGCUCCUCUUCUGUGCCUGACUCAUCUCUCUCUCAUCAUAAUUCUGUCCUUUCAUCACCAUCUUCACCUGCGGCAGCAUUGCUAAGCUCCUCCCAAAAUUCAUCAGCAUCCAUUACUCCAAAGGCAUCUCCAACGGUGGAGAAAUUACCUUAUGUACCACAUACUCCUUUUCACCUCUUCUCGUACGACUUUGAAGAGUCUCCAACAUCUGUGAAAGAAAAGGAAGCAGAGGUGAUGAGGGAAAACAGAUACAAUAGCUACGGCAGCAGCUCUUACUCUUCUCCGCGACCUUACUCUGGUGUGAGUGCCCCAACAACACCGACUUCUCGUUAUGGGACAACUCUCUCACCGCCUCAAGAGACCAAAUCUGACAGGCCAGCUUUGGGUGGUCUCCUUACAUCAUCUUUUCGGCAGCACCAGGAGUCCUUGGCAGCAGAAAGAGAAAGACGACGUCAGGAGAGAGAAGAAAGGUUGCAAAGGAUAGAACGUGAAGAAAGAAACAAAUUCAAAUACAAAUACUUGGAGAGGUUGGCAGCGGAGGAGUAUGAGAAGGAGCUGAAGAGUCGGAGCGUAAGCCGAGGCAGAAGUGAGCUGUCCUUGAACCUGAGAUCUCCUUCAGCCCCAUCCUCGCCUGUACCCAAGUGCGUCAGCCCAGCAUCCACAGAGUCCCAGGAAGAGCUGAAGACCCCUUCCACCCCUUGUGGGACCCCUCAGCCCUCAGAAGUGAGUGCCAGUGAACCCGAACCAGAGACAGAGACAGAACCAGAACCAGACCCAGAGCAGGAGGCUGAGGCUGAGGCCGAGCAGGGAACGGAGACACCCAAGGAAAUAGAGGCUACAGAGGUGGGACCAGAGAGUGAGGUGGAGCAAGGACCAGAGAGAGAGCCAGAAGAAAGUGCAAUACUCAGUGAAAAAGAGAGGCAGAAUGAGGAAGUGAAUGAAAAAGACAACUGCUCUGCAUCCAGCAUAUCCUCAGCAAGCAGCACUUUAGAGAGGGAAGAGAGAGAGGACAAGUUAACCAGUGACAAUGAAACUGGUCCAUGGUCACAGACCAUUCAGGAUGCUGGUGUGAAUGAGCAGUGCAGCAACAUCCUCAACAACAAGCGAUUUAUGCUGGACAUGUUGUAUGCGCAUAACAAAAAGCCCAAGGAUGAAGAGGAGAAGGAGCUGGAGGCGAAGGAGGAAAAGAAGGAGACGGAGGAAGGCGAGGAGUCACUCACUAGCCUAGCCAGUAGGAUCUCUAUCCUUCAGGCCACAAAGCAGGCCAAAGAUGAAAGUGUCAAAAAGAUGGAGAUCGGAAAUCUGGACAACCAAGGCAGUGUGAAAGCCUUUGCGGAAAAAUUUAACAGUGGUGAGCUGGCCAAGGGGACAGCCAUGCCUGAAGAUGAAAUCAGUGAACAGGUCCCUGAGAAAACACCAGCACAGCCAAAGAAGGAAUCUGACUACAUCUGGGAUCAGCUCAUGGCUAAUCCUAGAGAACUUAAAAUCAAAGACAUGGAUUUUACAGACUUGGGGGAGGAGGAUGAUGUAGAUGUGUUGGACAUGGAUAUGGGUCCUGGGGACUCCCUUGUUCCCCCUCCUCCACCUCCACCUUCUUUUCUGGGUUUGCCUCCUCCACCACCUCCCCCACUGUUUGGAUGUCCGCCUCCACCUCCACCCUCUGCUAAUUUAUUGGCUCCUCCUCCGCUGUUCAGCACUCCUCAGGGUUUAGGGUCACCCCAGGUUUCUAGGGGUCAGCCAGCAUUUAUAAAGAAGAAGAAAACCAUCCGUCUGUUUUGGAACGAGGUACGGCCAUUUGAGUGGCAGUGUAAAAACAACAAACGCUGCAGAGAAUUCCUGUGGUCGAAACUGGAACCCAUUAAGGUGGACACUUCCAAACUGGAGCAUCUCUUUGAGUCUAAGUCCAAGGAACUGCCUGUCACAAAGAAAACUGCUGCAGAUGGGAAGCGACAGGAGAUCAUUGUAUUGGACUCAAAACGAAGCAAUGCUAUUAAUAUUGGCUUGACUGUGUUGCCCCCUCCCCGGACUAUCAAGACUGCUAUUUUGAACUUUGACGAAUAUGCCUUAAACAAGGAAGGAAUAGAGAAAAUCCUGACCAUGAUCCCGACCGAGGAGGAGAAGCAAAAGAUCCAGGAGGCACAGCUGGCGAACCCUGAUGUCCCCCUGGGCAGCGCCGAGCAGUUCCUUCUCACCCUCUCCUCCAUCAGUGAACUUUCCGCCAGGCUCCAGCUCUGGGCUUUCAAGAUGGACUACGAGAUAGUGGAAAAGGAAGUUGCAGAACCACUUCUAGACCUGAAGGAAGGAAUGGACCAACUGGAGCACAAUAAAACCUUGGGAUUUAUCCUUUCUACUCUACUAGCCAUUGGGAACUUUCUGAAUGGAACCAACGCCAAAGCUUUUGAGUUGAGCUACCUCGAGAAGGUUCCAGAAGUCAAGGACACGGUGCACAAGCAGUCCCUCCUGCACCACGUCUGCACUAUGGUGGUGGAAAAGUUCCCAGACAGCACUGAUCUUUAUUCAGAGAUUGGGGCCAUCACUAGGUCAGCCAAGGUUGACUUUGAACAACUCCAGGAAAACUUGUGUCAGAUGGAAAGACGGUGCAAAGCAUCAUGGGAUCACCUUAAGGCUAUAGCAAAGCAUGAAAUGAAGCCAACUCUAAAGCAAAAAAUGUCCGAGUUCCUUAAAGACUGUGCAGAAAGAAUCAUAAUCCUGAAGAUUGUUCAUAGAAGAAUAAUUAACAGGUUUCACUCAUUUUUGUUAUUUAUGGGCCAUCCUCCCUAUGCAAUACGUGAAGUCAACAUCAAUAAGUUCUGCAAAAUUAUUAGCGAAUUUGCUCUGGAAUACCGCACCACCAGGGAACGAGUUUUGCAGCAAAAACAGAAACGAGCUAACCACAGGGAAAGAAACAAGACCAGAGGGAAAAUGAUAACAGAUACCGAUGAAGAAGAGGAUGCUGAGUCUGGCAAGUUUUCCAGCAGCUCGCCCCCCUGCCAGAGCCAGCCCCAGGGGCUGCAGUACGCUGAGGACGCUGCAGAGCAUGAGAACAUGAAGGCUGUGCUGAAGACCUCCUCCAUCAGCGGGGAAAGCACCACGGCGCUCGGGGUUCGCACUCGAAGCCGGGCCAGCCGAGGCCGUAUCGGUUCGUGGAACGCUGGCAACGAUGAUUCACCUAAUGCAACGGAUGACGCAGCAGAUGAGAUCAUGGAUCGUAUUGUAAAGUCCGCCACCCAAGUGCCAAGCCAGCGAGUGGUGCCUAGAGAGAGGAAGCGGUCACGAGCAAAUAGGAAGUCAUUGAGAAGGACACUAAAGAGCGGACUGACACCAGAAGAAGCCAAAGCACUGGGCCUCAUCAGCACCUCUGAGAUGCAGGUUUGACGUCCCAGAGGUGGCGACAAGAAGAGCCGUUCAUCUGAAGCACACAGGCUGACAACCCUUCGGUGUGGCAUUGACCUGCCAGCCUCCUCCGCUGCUCCCAACAUCCCAUCCUCUGUUAGUUCGAUUUUAAUAAGCAACAAAAAGCGAAACCCCACAGCCAGGGCAGAAGAAGGGUGUGCCGCAGCUCAGCACAACAUCCGGACAGUAACUGAGGAAGCGUUUGAGUGCUUGUAGGUGAAAGCAUAUGGCUUCUUCUUCUCAUGGUGUGUUGAUGUGGGUAGGAGGGGGUUCUCUCUGAGUUAUCUGUCAUUAUGUGAGCUGUGUUUACGUUGGCUUUCCUUGUGCCCUGUUUUAGUCAUUGUAAAUGUAUGGCGUUUUGUCAAUGCAAGGAACAGUCCUUAAAGAGGCAAAAUAACUCCUGUUACAGCAACCCCAGUUUUCCUGAAGCAGAUUCAUUAAGCAAAGAUGCACAGUCAGUGCAACGCUGUGGUUUGUUGGGGUUUUUUAUUAUUUUGCCACCAAAGAAUGUAAAAAUGUAUGUGUACCUUUGUAUAUGUACAGAAUGAAUGUGUGGACAUAUGUGCGUGUAUCUAUACACAUACAGUUAUGGUGUGAAAUCAUGCUCUUGCUGAAGCUAGCUGGACCAUGAUUUUCACUCUGGGGCCUUACUGUUCCACCUGGACAGGAGGAAAAGAAUGUCUUUUUGUGGGAACUCAGUGUUAUUCAAUGGGAUUCACCCUGUGGGGCAGGAGGUGGCCUGCAAUGCAAGUGGAAAGUUUAGGAUCCUGAAUUCAUAUGUAUUAAUACGCACUCAUACUGUACAUAGCAGCAUGCGCACAGAGGAGAGGACACAGAAUACCUCCCUCUUGUUGAGCUAUGGC